AUGCCAUACAUGCGCCAUCGCCACAAAAGUGGAUAUGCCACACAAGCAAAUGGUAUUCACUUGAAAUUCCACAUGUUCAAUAGCUGUGCCACUAAGGCUCAUCACAGAAAACAUCAAACCAAUCAAAUCAAAUCUGCUCUUCCCCAACACAUCCUGGCCUCUUUUCGUUCUUCUUCCUCAGAUGACGGUGGCUCCUCCUCCACCCAAAGCUUUCUUCCCUCUCAUUCUUCUCCUCAUCUCCUGAACUACCUUCGUUCUCAUAUUCUUCUUCAUCAUCACCAUCACCAAGAAAAGGGACGGCAACAUGGUGAUGAUGGAGAGGAAACAAUCUCUGCUUCUUCUCAACAGACGAAGGGCUUCGCCAUUGCGAGUUCCGAUCCUUGCCGCUGCCCCCGUUGCCUUCCCCUCUUCUCUUGUCUUCGUGACGAUGCGUCUUCGGCUCCUGCUACUGGAAAUUCAGUAAUUUCUGAUCAUUUUGGUUUGGCGUCCAUCUCAGGAGGAGGAGAAGAGGUGGCCGAGGAACGCAAGGAUAAAAUUUCACCCGAAGAACCACAGGUUAUGCAAACCCCUCAGCAGGUCUCUUCUUCCCCAUCUCAUGAUGCCACUCAAUCCUUUGCAUAUAGUGGAAGACGGUUAGGCACGUGGAUUGAAGGUCAUGAUGACAUUUUUACCAAGAGAAGGAAAGUUAACCACGAAAAAACUCUCAACACAGAUCAAUAUGGUUAUGGAAUAUCAGGGUAUUAUAACCGCAUCCUACAAACACCGUCUAAUGUGAGAGAGCCAUCAGACACUCUUCGUACUCGUCCUCCCAAGGUUAAUCAGGAGGAAAUCAUGGCUUCUUCACUUAUGUGGCUCAGGCAUUGGCACUGCGACAUUUUGAGUUCCCUACAAUGCAAAGGAAAGAGAGGGCCAAACAACUGAAAUCUGAUCAAUGAGAAAUCGCUAGAAACCAAUCUCUAUGUUGCCUUCAAAAGUUGAUACUGCCAUCAAUUGGUGCUAUCUAGCAUAUCUCAUAAGUUGAUUUGCUUACUGAGAUAUUCUGGAAGUAUGAGGUCUUGAGAGCACAGAGAGGUUCGUGAUAUUGUAGCUUCUAUUUACUUUAUGGAUAUCAGAAAAACCUCCCGUAGUAUGUAAGAAAUUACUCUCUUAUGAGUUUUACGUACAUGGUCAUUAGUCUAUGUUGAAAGC